UUGGACGCUGGUUGGGAGGGGAGCAUCCAGGCACUAGGACCCGGGACACGUGAGUGUAUUAGUUUGCCAGAGGGUGGAGACGGCGAGCACAAUGAAGGAGCUGAGUGGUACGACCAGCAGAGAAGCAACAUCUGAGACCAACCUCCACUCAACCCCAGAGUCCUGCUGGACUGAUGGACAAACCAGGCUGACCGGCUGACAGUGACAGCAGGAUGCUGGGCUGAGUUUAGGAGUGGGAACAUGCAGAUUUUUCCAUGCAUGCUGCAGUAAGCAUAGCUUUUCUGAGCCCCUUGUGUGGAUGUGAAUGAAUGGAUUCGUCAUAGUGUGUGCUGUGCUAAACUGGGUCAUGCGGAUCACUGGAGGAGCGAAAGAUAAACACGCACCCUCCUCCCGCUGCUUGGCAGGUUGAGAAGGUGGACGCUCAGAGGAGGGAUCCCAGCCUGUCUCCUCAUCUCAGCAUCCGGCAUGAGAUGAUGCUUUGAUUUAAUCCGCCUCCAAAGCAAGUCACAAACUGAAGAGCAUCUCUAGGAACAGGAAUCAUCACAGGCAACAAGCAAAGAGCAGCGACGGACCUCCUGUCCAUUCUUUGUCAGUCGUGAAACUGCAAUAUGUUGAGGUUUUUGAAGGGCAUGCACGGCUUUCUUAGCAUCUAUAACUGAUCCGCAACUUCCUUCAAACGAGGAGAUCCGUCGAUCAGGUUCGAGCAGACCCCCGCGGAUCCGUGCUGAGCAGGGCGCAGCAGCUCUGCUCGCCGAGCGGAUGCAGGACCAUGGAGGAGAGAGACAGGUCGCCAGUAGCUUGCCCCACAGCGUCAAGGCGAGCCUGUCCCUUUCUCCAUCUGGGCCGGGACGGGUGGGCAGCGGUGGGGGCUCCCCUACUUCCAAGAUGGGCUACUGCGGAGGGGUGCCUGUAGAGGACAUGCAGGCCCUGGCCAUCACCUCUCUGUCAGCAGCUGAUGUAGCCAAACAGUAUGAGCACAUUCGGGAGCUGGGGAAGGGAACGUACGGCAAGGUGGACCUGGUGGCACACCGAACACAGGGCACCAAAAUGGCGCUGAAAUUUGUCACCAAGAACAAGACAAAGCUGAAGAGUUUCUUGCGGGAGUACAGUCUAACAGGCUCACUUAGCUGCAGCCCUUUCAUCAUCAAAGUCCUGGAUGUGCUGUUUGAGACAGAUGACAGCUAUGUGUUUGGACAAGAAUAUGCCCCAGCUGGGGACCUUUUCGACAUCAUCCCCCCACAGGUGGGUCUGCCAGAGGAAAUGGUCAAACGUUGCAUGCAACAACUGGGCUUGGCCCUGGACUUUAUGCACGGUAAAAACUUGGUGCAUCGGGAUGUCAAACCUGAGAACGUGCUCUUGUUCGACCGCGAGUGCCGCCGCAUCAAGCUGGCUGACUUUGGCAUGACCCGGCGUGUUGGCUGCCGUGUGAAACGUGUGAGUGGCACCAUCCCCUACACAGCACCAGAAGUGUGCCGUGCCAGCCGUGCAGAGGGUUUCCUUGUGACCACCAGUCUGGAUGUGUGGGCAUUUGGCGUGCUGAUUUUUUGUAUGCUAACAGGCAAUUUCCCCUGGGAGGCAGCGUUGCUGACUGAUGCCUUCUAUGAGGAGUUUCGGCGCUGGCAGAAAGCAGGAUGUCCUGUGGGAACAUACCCAUCUCAGUGGCGGCGCUUCACUGAUUACGUGCUGGUCAGCGAGCUCAGACGGAGAGCGUCCUGCCGAGCCAAGAGAGGUGAGAGGUCAAGCUCAGGAGUGUGUACUGGCACUUGCACUUCCUCCUCAUCCUCUACUUCAUCACGUUCCUCCCACAGACACCCUGAGCCCUCCACCCCUACAGGAACAACCUGCCUUCGCCCAGCCCCGCUCAAGCGUAGUGUCCUCUCUGAUCCAUUGUCUCCCAGAGAGGAAUCUGGACAGCACCAAUCUCCAGGCCGAGACAAGAACAAAAGCCAGAUGGCAAUGGCAACUGCCAUCGAAAUCUGUGUGUGA